ACUGACGCAAGUGGAUUCCUGCUGUUUCAUGUAUUCUGCAGUUUCAUAAUUCAGCCAGAAUUAUAGAAUACGAGUUUUCAAUAGUAAAGUGUUCGUUGAUAAUAUUCCACUAUUCUGUACAACCGACAAAUGGCGAUGUUUCACUUCGGCAAGUUGGCCCUUUGUCCUGCUCUCUGGAGAAGUAUCAAGCCCCAAAAUGUCUGCAGAAUGUGGUCAUCCACUGCUGUUAGAAAAAGGCUAGCAUUACCAUUUUCUGCACAACAUGUCACUCCUUCAAGAAAGAUGUCUGCUCCAGCUGAAAAUCUUCAUUGCGCCACAGUGGAUAAGCAUCUGCCCCUGAACAAGUUAUCAGAAGAGGAAGAAAUGAUGCGGGACACAGGUAGAUAUCAUCUUAUAACUGUAAUUUUAACAUAUGGUUUUGUCUUUGCCUGUGGCUUAAACAUGAUCAACUCAGUCUUGCUGGUAAAUAAUUAA